GACAGCGGUCGUCGGGGUUAGCGACACAGUAAAUCCAACACCAGCUGCCGAGUUGUGUUUAAUGUCAUACCCCAUAUCAUAGCUUUCAGCAAACGAACAGUGCCAGUAUCGGAGGAGUGUGAGGCGACGAUGUGGGAAGACAAGAUGGGCUGGCAGCGGGACGCCUCGGACAAUGGAAAGAUUCGUGAGGCCACGAAUGAUGAGAUUCUGGUCGACGACCCCAUGGAUAUUGACCCGGAGAAUGACCUGAAGACGAAUGAAGGGUAUGAAAGAAGCACGAUGGUGCAAGGGAGAAGCGCGCCUGAGCCCAUGAUGCAGAUCAUUGCAGUCCUUAGGUUUGGAAUCUUUGAGCUUGAAAUCCAUACGGUGAAUUAGUAUACUUCAAGUUCAACGGCCCAUUAAGC